AUGGCGCCCUCUUCGGGCGGGGAUGUCCGAUGCUCUCACGACAGACAACGGAGAAAAUCGCUGCUGCAGAUGCAGUUGGCGAUAGAGGACAUGGUACAGCUGCUGCCGAUGGCAAGGGGGCAGAUGCAAGAUGAGCAUGCUACGGUCAGGGUGAUCGCUGGCAUGAAGUUCCCUUUGACAGUUCGGGCGCGGGUUUGCCCAACUGUCGUCGACUCUAUCUUGCAAUGGUUUCAGGAUUUUGCUUUGCGCCGCUCGGCAUUUCUUGCACGGGCUCGAGAUGAUCUACAGCGACUUCAGCAACAUGGGGCUCCUUGCUCUUACUGGUGGGUAAGUGGUGCCGAGUUCGGUAUCUUACACAGCUUGCAUUUCGGUGGUGCUGAGGACCUCCCUCUCAACUGCCAGCCUGCUUCUGCUACUGUUUCGACGUGUGACAUUCCUUCCUGCUCUGAGAUUGACUCUGUGUCUGCGGGGGACGACGAUUUCUCUCAGGAACCACUGGGGAUAGAGGCCCCGAGCAUUUCUGAGGACAUGGAGCAGCCGCUUGAGAUUCAGACCUCCCGUGAAGUCGGGGACAUUGCUGCUGGAGGUGACUUUGAACCAUGGGCUGCUGCCUUUUCCGAGCGCACAAAGGAUUCCGUGCUGCAACUGGGGCGGCCACUUGGCGUCGGACCUGAUGCGGGAGCUUCGGUGCCAGCUGCUGGCGCUACUCUUGUGGAUGUGACUCAAGAAAGAAACAAGACCCGCGUGAGGGCAAAGAGUGUCAGUGACCUAACUAGUGAUGUUUCUUGCGCAUUGGAUUGUGAAAUUGACAAGACCCGUCGAAGGGCAAAGAGCUGUCCUGGCCAUGAUGCUAAGACCCUGGCCCUACUUUUCCCACUGACUGGCCCCUCCUUUGGGCCCCGGUGUUUAGAAGCCGCCGUGUGUAACGCCGCGGCACACCACAGUGACGAUGGCGAUGCGAUUGGACAUGCCUGCUGUUGUCUUGGCUUGGAUCUGUGCCAAUCGGUGCGUGCGAUGACUUGCAGCCAUGGCUGCGCCGAGCGUUGCGACGCCUAUCAAGGUUUUGCCUGCCAUUUGUGCGCAGGGAAAGUGCGAUGUCAUGAUCCACACGUCGGUGAGCGCAUAGGCGAGGCUGCCCAUCCGGGCCCAGGCCCUCGAGCUGAGGAUGAUGAUGAUGACAUGAGUGGUUUGCUAGGAGGGUUAGAUCUUAAAAAGAUGUUGCUUCCGCUCCUUAAGAAGUUGAUCAAGCAGGCCUUAGAGGACCUGCUGAAAGAUGAAACGCAUUUGAGCCGAGCGACCAAGGUCCAGGCCCGUGGCAAUGGUCGCGGUACAGGUGACGCUGCCCAGGCUGCCCAGCCGAGUCGUAUUGUGCAAACCGUGGCGACCGAAGAUCAGGCCCUUCCAGGCGGUCGUGGCGCGGCUGUUGUUGCUUUCAAUAAGCUUGACGCCAAGACUCCAAAGGUAGGCAAAGGUAAAGGUGCCAGCCAUUCGCCAAAGGAGGAGCGGGCCUGGACAGUAGUGUCUCGGCGGGCUAAGGAUCAGGAUGAAGCCUUCCAACUUAGAUCGCAGGAUUGGGAUGCGCCACUACUUUCCUUCAGUGGUCUCGGCAAUCUUAUCGAGAAGACCAAGACUGAUGAAACUGUCAAGGGAGUGCUUCUCGCUAGCAAGGCCGAUUGCAACACGGCGUUGCGCAUGUUGCAGUCUGCUGCCAAGCCCUUUUCUGUUCUGCUGGUCUGCUUGGGUAAAGGCCCCGGUAGCCAACGCAUUCCGGGCCGUGUCGGGGAUUCGCUUCGCUUCCGUGAUGCCCUAGUGGAACAACAUUCGAGUGAUGCUAGCUUUGCGCGUCCUGCCCCUAAGGACCUUAAGUGUGCUCCCAAAGUUAAGCAGCUGCAAACUUCUUUGCUGUAUGUGCGCAUUCCUCAUGCCUUCGCAUCUGAGCAGACUUGGAAGGACUUCAAGAAUGGGGCGGAACGAGCUUCAAUGAAGUGGAUCAGUUCUCACCAUGUCCAAGGAAUUGACUCCUUCGCGUGGGUUGAGGAACAGUUAAAAAAUGCUCCCGGCACGCAACUUUUCGGAAUUAUGAGAGCGCCAACCGCUGAUGUGGGUACCCUUCUGGGUACGUCGGGACAGCACGGCAUCUUCGUGGAGCCGGCCAAGCGUGACACCCACCGCUUCCGCAUGGAGUGGAUCCCUCGGCUUUCCAAGCAGGAGACACAUGACCACUACCUCCAGCGUGCGCUACGUGGUGCUCCAGCACUUGGCCUAGCUGCCUUCGGGCAACGCGUAGCCUGGCGACACCCCUUGUCCGAUGGCGAGGUCCCUCCCCGAGUCUGGGCCGUCAACGGCUUGCCUAAUGCCUUCAAUGCUCAUGACAUGUUGCCUGUCUUGGAGCAAGGUUUCAAGGAGAUCACUUUGCUUUCGCAUCGACGAAAGAAGGGUCAGCUUUCUGUCCGAUUCAGAGCCACCUGUUUGGCUGGCGACAAGGAUCUGGUGCCAAUCCAGGUGGCGGUUGAUGAAGGGGACCCUGUGUGUCUUUGGGCCAUGAUCGCGCCAGCCAGAUCUGUUGAAUCUAGGCAGAAGCCGCUUGCUCGAGGAGCUGUUCCUUUUGUGAGUCCUGCCAAGACAACAAGCCUUGAUGCGAAGCCCAACUUAGCGGCGGGCACCGAAGCAACUGCUGUCGACGACCAAGGCAAGGCGGUGCCUGACGCGAAAAGAGCCAGAGGAGCUGCUCGCACUGUCCCUGAUGGCAUGCAGCGCCAGGAGUGCCCGAAAGACGGGAACUGUGCGUUCACGUCGUUUGCGUUGGCGCUGAAUUGGAUAUAUCAGAAGUCGGGCUCUUCUGCGUUCAAUCACUUGGAGCUGCGAGCGAAAGUUGCCACUCAUUUAGCAAAACAUAGUGAUGAGUACCAGGCUGAAUGGGACGGCGUGUUGCCUGAUGGCACAAAAGACAAGGCCUGGGACGACUAUUUAACUGCCGCGGCCCAAGCCGGCUCGUUUGCGUCUGAGCUCGAACUUCGGGCUCUUGGCCGAAUCUUUGAUACUCGUAUUUUGAUUCUGCCAGCUUCUGAGUGCUUCAAGCCCAUGGUGUUUCACACUUCGCAGAAGAAAAGACUUGCCGUGUCGUGGCUACAGGACAAACACCUUGAAUUCCUGAAGCCGUCAAAGGACAACAGUGCUUGCAAGGACUACCCCGAGGAGUUUUGGCAGGUUACUGAUGGCCCUGUCAAGGGUAUCCGUGCAGGGGGCAAGCCUUCGUCUUGUGCCUCUUCUGUUGCUUCCCCUGUCGGCAGUGUCUUUACUCGCGAUGCUGCGCCCAGUGCACGUACGGUGUGGACCGAGCCUCGGUCCUCUGGUUGCAAGCGUGAUCUUAAACUGCGGGUUACUGCGGCUGCUUGUGACACGUGCAAGGUUUCUUCGGGUUCUUCUGUCACAGGCAGUAAAAGGUCCCGAGGCGAGCCUGGCGCUGCCUGGACGAGCUCUCGUGCAUCCUGUGCUUCCAACUCCGUCAGAAUUGAUUCCCUUCAGGAUGAUCUGGAGGAUGCUCAGACUGUCAAAGUGCAUGCCGCCAGCAAGACUCUCCCGCAGUCGCCGCUCGUUCAAGCCUUGCGAGCUCGUGGGAGAUCCUGUUCUGAUGGCAUUGCCCGGUGCCGGUUGUGUCCUUUCCGGAAAAAAUGCCGUAGCCAAAAGCAGGCUAGUCGGGCCCUCUGCAGUCACUUCGCCGCGUGUCACCAAGGGGAGCGUCCCUGCCCUGUGAAACGCCUUGAAUCAUGUGUUCGUUUGCUUGUCGAGGACGAACCCGCGUACUGGAAAUGCAAGUGGUGUGACAUGGGCAUCGCCGCUGCUGAUGCCGAAAAGGUUGGGGAAAACACUCUGACCAGGUUUCGUAAUGAUCACAAGACGGCGGCUCAUCCUCGUCUGUCUUGGGCGAAGUGGCACCGACGCACUCGCCGCCCAGCUCAGUUUAAAGAUAAUGAGGCCCGGGCAAGAAAGGUCUCGGCAACGAAGCGCAAUGCCUACUUUGUUGCCAAGCUCUUGCCGGUUACUCGAGAACUUGAAAGCCGGGAUUUCGUUCCUUUCCUUUGGCCUCGGUUGGCAGGCAGUCGUUCUAGUAAAAUCGACCGUUACCCCCUGAGAUUCAAGCCGGCAUGGAGAUGCACUAGGUGCAAUGCUCCGUUCCAGGAUGCUAAGGUGGCCCAAGAGCAUCGUGACAAGGCGCAGGCCUGUCCCAGUUCUCAGUCAAAGCGCAUGGCCCAGACACGCUUACAAAGCAUGGAAGAGUACAGGAAGCUUCAUGACCAGGCUCCCGCCAGUGCCAAGAAGCAGCAAGGCGACAUCGUCUUUGAUACUGCUUUGGUGCACCUGCGUGCGUCCUUGCCGGCAAGCGAUCCCUCGCAUAUCAUUGCUCUGUCUGAAGUUGAUGUGCCUGAGACUGCUGGGGUGGGUUUCCUUAACCAGUGGAAGGCCCGAGGUCGCCAGGCUGCCCUUAGUGUUCCGGAGCCUACUGGGUGCCGUGUUGCUUUGGUUAGUGAGGUUCCCCCUGGUGACAGCCACGACGCUCAUGAAGUGUCGUCUGCCAGCACCACGGAAACGAUCUUGGUUGUGGCGUUUUACGGCCAGGCCUCCGAUGAGGCCGUCGCCCAAAGCCAGGUGGAGGAUGUGCUGUCUAGUGCCGAAGCCACAGGUUUCAGGUAUGUGAUCUUGGGCGACUUCAAUUCAAUCUUGUGCAGACACAGGGGCUUGGCUUUUGCUGGAGAUGAUUGUGCAUGCGGUCGGCCUCUGCCUUCCACAGGCCCUCCCAACAAGCACGGUGUUCGUGUCCGACGCAUUGACUUCGCCUUGAACCAUCGGCGUCUGUGUGCUUCUGCUGUUGACUCCUUCGAUUGUGCCUUCUCCGAUCAUCUGGGGGUGCAUUACACAUAUGCGAUUGAUGCUCCUGCCCCGCUUGUUGGCCCUCGGCGCCGCCCUGCCCGUGCAGAUCUUGACAAGGCUGCGGUCGCAACUCUCUGUGACAAAGUGGACCCUGCCCCGCUUGAAGAGGCUCUUGUGCAGAUGGACUUGGAUGGUGCCUGGGCCUUUCUGUCUGAUGUGGCAGAGCAGCUCCUGUGUGAGCCUGCUGCCUCCGGUUGUGUGGCUCGUGGAGCUUCCUGGCAUCCUCGCGAGCCUGCUAAUGUCCUGCGGCCUGGUAAACGUCCCGAAAGAUCCCGGGGCCUGCGACUUCUUUUGAAGCUGCAGGAAAGGCUCAGGGUUCUCACGUUUCGCCCGGCUGAUGAGCAGUUGGCUGUCCGAAUCCGGAAAUCCCUCAGGCAGAUUCGCCUCGUAGUCCCCGAGUUAGCUUUUGCUCCUGCUGGCAGUGAGACUUCUCUGUUGCCUCAGGUGGAGGAACUUGUUGCUGCCUAUACGCGCCAGGAGGAGGAAGCUAAGAAACUUCUUUGGCGUGCAAGGAUACGUGCUGACACUGCCAGGGUUCGUGCUUUUGUUAAACGCAGAGCUGAUGAGCAGAUUGCGUGGGAAAGUCGGCCUCCUGAUGCUGCGGCCCCUGGGGAUAACCCUCAUCCUGCGGUGGCUGUCAAAACUGCUGCGGCCGCUUUGCAAAACAAAAUUGCUCCGCGUGCGUUUGCUCCUGUGAACACGCAUGCGGUGCGUGCCAUGUUGCAAGCCGUGCCACGCCCUGCCGCCCAGGAUUCUUGUCUGGAGAUCACACCAGAGGGUCUGGUGCAGGCCAUGCGGGCUAUGUGCGCAAAGGCCCCCGGGCCCGAUCAGUGGCAUCCUCACCUACUGCUCAUCCUUCCGAUGCGGUGGUGGUGCUGGGCGGCCCGCCUCUGGAACCUUUGCCUGCGUGGGAGAUGUGCCUUCCAUGGUGGCUUUCGUCCCUUGACUAUUGCGCAAGUCAUGUGGCGGGCGGGGGCGCGUGUGAUCAAUCAGCAGCUUGCGUCUUGGGUCUCCUCGUGGGCUUCUCAGGCUGAUGCGGGAGGGCUGCCUGGUACUUCUGUCCAGAGUGCGUUGCUUCAGCUUAGCUUGGCUAUGAACCAAGGUGCACAAACUGUUAUUCAGCAGGACAUUGCAUCCUUUUUUGACACCAUUCAGCACGGCGUUUUGGAGAUCUUCCUUGAUCACUUGCGUGCACCUGCGCUGUUGUGGCCCAUCCUGCGUGCUUUCUACCAGAAGGCUCUUCGCAUCGUACAACUUAGAGGGGCUUUUAGCAGUUCCUGGUUCCGUCCUGUCCUCGGGCUGGCCCAGGGGUGUCCUCUCUCCCCUACCUUGGCGGCUGCCAUCAGUCAUAUCUGGGCACAGGUCACGCUGCGAGGUGGCGUUUCUGGGAUUGUGUACUUGGAUGAUCGUUCAAUCUGGAGCCAUUCCAAUGCUCCGGACGAGCUCCGGGCCGCGGUGCUUCGUUCUAAUCAUUUUGACUCUACUUGUGGUCUGGCAGUUUCAUUGCCUAAAUGUGCCGUGGUCGCAAGCCAGGCUGAAGCUGCAGGGGCGGAUGCAAUUGCCUCUGAGUUUGGUUACCAGCGACCUUCGUCUCUUGAAAUCCUUGGUGUCACUGUGGACUUUGAGGCUGGCUGGGGCCUCCUUAAGUUCUCGCUUCGCAAGGCUCUCCUGCGCCUGCGGCUUCUGCGCUGGACGUGUGCGCACCCACGCAUCCGCAUGUCUCUCCUGAGUGCGCUUGUUUUUCCUUGUUUGACCUGGGCGGCGGCUUUCGCGCUCCCCUCGGCUAAAGACAUGACUGAGAUUCGUGCUGAGGUUGUUCGUGUCUUUGACGACAGUUUCUCUUUUGAGGCACCCAAGGUCUUGAUUUUCGAGUUGCUCGGCUGGAUGCUUGAACCACAGUGCGCUGCUGAGGUUGCUGUUCUUCGCGAAAUCUGGCGUCUGCUUUGCGCUCCCCCUGCGUUUGCCAGCCAACUCCCGAGGCGAGGAGCCGACAUUCGGUGGGAUCAGUUGCUGCCUGCCGCCUCUCCCCUGUUGACCCGCCUCGGCUGGUGGAUUUCUAUUCGUGAGGAAGACCCCUUCUUGUGUCGUCGAGAUGAUCAAGGCUGUGUCCGUAGCGUUCAUGUCGGCUGGGAACACUUUGCGGUCAUCCGGGAAUGGCUUUUUGAGUCCUAUAGGCAGAUGUACACUGCCCGCUGCCAGAGAGUGUGGAAAAGCUUUCAUCGUGCUGACCCGACUUUAGCGCGUGGCUUGGACUUGGGACCCCCGCCUGAAGACGCCCGCUUCCGAUUUCAGGGUCAUGUCAUCGCCCUGCAAGAGAGUGACAGCCGCUACAUGCGCCGGGCGGCCGCUGCAAGCGGGGGCUCUUGCUGGUUCUUCAAUGCGGGGAACAAGUUUCCGGUGCAGCAUGCUCGCAUGACGUGCAGUUGCGGUGCGGCGGGCCCUUCGCGCCCUCAUGUUACGUGGGUGCGUGCGUCGAAUGCCGACCUCAGGCAUGGGCACCCGAUGCCUGCUACCCGUGCCGAGGAACGACUGUUUGCCCGACCCACUCCUCAGAUGCCUGCGGCUCCUGUUUCGUCUGAUGUUGUGGAAUUCGACAGAUCUCUUGAUGCGGCUGUUCUGCUCGCAUUGCAGCCUGGCGAACAUGGGGAUUACCCAUGGGCGUACAUUGCCACAGAUCUGUCGUCCGAGCGAUCAGUUGGAGCUUUUGCUGUCGUGGUUGGUAAGCCUUCUCAGCGGUUUGCUGCUGGCACCGGCUCUGAAGAUCAGGCAGCUUACAGGCAGGAGGCUUUGGCAUUGCAUGCUGCCCUUGCUUCGCUGUCGCGUGUUUGGCAAGCUGGCAUGAAAACUCAGGUGUUUCUUGUCACCGAUUGUCUGUCUGCCAUGCAAUCUAUCAUGGGAGAUGCUGGAGCCCUUGGGUCCCUGCCGCUUUUGAUGCAGAGUGCCCGCUCCCUUCUUAGGGGUUUAGGGACUCGGGGUUGUCUGGUUUCCUUCAUAUGGGUUCCCUCGCACGGCAAGAAUCUUCGAUGGCAGCCGCCGUCGGGACACUGUGCGCAUGAGCUGCGAGAGAUGAACCGAGCGGCUGACGUGGCGGCUGGUGAAUGCAUGGGCCGCAGACUUUCGGGAUCCUGUCGCAGUCAAUGGCAUCAGAGCUGCGAUGAAGCUCGUGUCCCAGGAGCGCGCCGAGCCCCGAUGAUGCCUCCCCUGUGUGGCUAUGCUUUGAUCUCUGCGCUAGACUUUCUGGUCGCGGCGGCCCUCAUGCGCGACUCCUUCAGAGCUGGGUGGCUGGCGCUCCUGCUUUGUCUUCUUCUUCUUCUCCGAGUACACGAUGGUGGUGCUUGGCUGCUGGCGAGGUCUUCUGAGAUUCUUUGGCUGCUUCUCCUGAGUGCUAAUGAGUACUGGGGCCAAGCAUCGCCAAAAAGCUCCUCGCUUGCCGCGGACAGCUAUGCCUUGGAUACCGAUGAGACUCAGGUCGUGCAGGGACCUACUGAUGAUGACGAUGUUAUUCUGGUCGAGCCCCACAUGAAUCCCCUGCAGGAAAUCGAGAUCUCAGAGGCGAUGACUGAUACGCAAGAAAUUGUGGUGGCAGCAGAGCUGCCUGGUUCCACGGCCAGCAAAGUCUCCAACACCAUCCCCGGCAAGAUCAUCUUCAAAAAAAAGAGGAAGCGCAGAUUCGUCAUGAUCUGUGCUGAUAUCGAACACAUGGGCUGGUGGUUGAAGCAGACCCCGAAGACAAGUGUUCCAGAGGUAUCAGCUGCCUCCCCGGUGUCAAAGACAGCAGCCGAAAAGACGAAGAAGCCAAAGACCCCCAUCAAAAGUCCGGAUCCAGCGGCUGUGUUCAUGCCUGCAGCCAUCAUUCUUCAUUUCAUUGCAAACUGGCAGGCCUCCCCAGUGGAAAAGACAGCAGCAGCCCAAGAGAGGAAGAAGCCAAAGACCCCAAUCAAAAGUCCGGAUCCAGAGGCUGUGUUCAUGGCUGCAGCCAUCUUCUUCAUUUGA